CCAGCUGGCUUCUGAAGCAGCUGAAAUGAGAAAAAGGCAGCAAUCCCAAAAUGAAGGAACACAGGCUGUGUCUCAAGCACCCGGAAACCAGAGGCCCAACAACACCUGCUGCUUCUGCUGGUGCUGCUGCUGUAGCUGCUCCUGCUACUAAUAGGGAGAAAAUAAAUGAGAAAAACCGAACAGAACUAAGCAAAAAUCAAAAUGACUCUCCACUUUUAAAGCCUCACCGUCAGGAAUGAGGAAAGAGGAGACUCUUCGGGGAGACCCCCACACACCACAAAAAUGGAGAACAUCCAAGUCCUAGAGGAGUGCCAAAACCCCACUGCAGAUGAAGUCUUGUCCUGGUCUCAGAAUUUUGACAAAAUGAUGAAGGCUCCUGCAGGAAGAAACCUUUUCCGAGAGUUCCUCCGAACAGAAUACAGCGAGGAGAACCUACUCUUCUGGCUAGCCUGCGAAGACUUAAAGAAAGAGCAGAACAAAAAACUCGUUGAAGAAAAGGCCAGGAUGAUAUAUGAAGACUACAUUUCUAUACUUUCGCCGAAAGAGGUCAGUCUGGAUUCUCGAGUUAGGGAGGUGAUCAACAGGAACCUGCUGGACCCUAGCCCUCACAUGUACGAAGAUGCCCAGCUGCAGAUCUACACUCUGAUGCACAGGGAUUCUUUCCCAAGAUUCUUGAACUCGCAGAUCUAUAAAGCUUUUGUUGAAAGUACUGCCACCUCUUCUUCUGAAUCUUAAUUUUCAUUUGAAAGGCCAAAACCAAAAUCAUUUCAGAGGGCUGGGACAGAAAAUAUAAGUAGUUAAAUGGCAUCAGAAAUUGAGUUCCUGGAGAACUCCAGGUUGGCACCCUUCGGCUGCUGUCGAGAGACAGCCAUGAAGGUCUUUGUCUCCAUUUUUAUUGAGGUUACCCAUGAUUCGGUUUGGAGAAAAGCCUAUAUAAGACAAUGAAUUGCCAAAUUAUGUUUGUCUGAUUCAACACUUGUUCUACUUGCAAGCAAACUGUGUUCCUAGUCCUCUGAACAGACUCCUAGUGCAUCUCCAGAGGCCGCAUGUGCAAAGUACACCUGCUUUGUCUGCCGCUUAGCUGUACUAUUUAAUCAGUCGCAUACCUUAUACCUGUAUUUAAGGACUUUUGUGCAAUAUGGUCUCUUAGAAACAAUUGCCAACAAAUUGGCUGUGGUUUGCAUUUUUAAGCAUAAUCUGAUACAAAAAAGGCUAUUUUAAACAUGUAACUGUGAUAUUUAACCAUGCUACAUACUAUGUUUAGCACUUGGACUUUGAAGCCAAUUUUUCUGUCCAUGAAAGAAAAAGUAGCUGUUUAUCUCUGCCUGUUGAGAGAUCUUAGUCUGAGACUCCUCUGGUUGUUCACUGCCCAAACUCUAGCAUUUUCAUUACAGAAGAGUUUGCUAUGUUUAAAAAAAAAAACAAGAAAGAAACUAACAACAACAAAACCUUACCAAUGAUAAGAAAAUUUUAAAAAGCACAAAACAAUCUGAAGAUAUCCUAUCUCGUUGAAAAAUCCAAGAGUGAUACUGUUUUUAGGUAUAAAACAAGAAAUGAGUCUAUGUAUAUAUCAAAUGUCCAAUAAUGUCAUUAAUUUAUUAUAGAAUGGCCCUCCAGUUCUAAAAUAGUUGUGUAAACUUAUGUAUGUCAGCAAAAGAACAAUAAUAUGCCUGAUAAUCCAGUUUGGGAAUAUAAAGGAAAAGAUUUCAUAAGGAAUGCCUACAUGUAGCACUGCAAAAAACACCUUGAGGACCUGCACCUGGCAUGUGGCAUAUUCACCUUGAACAUAUAAUCCAGUGAAAAGCUUAAGUUUUUCCUAAGCAACACUUUACAAGGAGUUAUGAAGAUGAAAACCUUCGAUGUCAGACCUUAACUGUUUUCAUGUAGUAUCUCAAGAAAGACUUAUUUUAACAUUGUUCAAAACAAUCAACCCUCAUCCACAACUAAAAGGCAGUACAGUGCUCAAACCUUUUAGCUGCCAAUAUUAUUUUUUUGUAAUUACAGUAACUCUUUACAUGAAAUACUCACCUGACCUUGGCAUGUAUUUCUGACCUUCAGAAUAGUAUCGCAUUGUUCACAAAACCAAAAUUACAAUUGUCAUAUUUAUAUCAAGGUCUUAUCUUUCAAUAUCAAUAUCCCCAGGACUAUUUUUUUAAUCUUAAACUCAAUGAAUAUAAUGUUAAGUAAUCUAAAAAAAUGGAAGAUUUAAAAAGAUUUAUAUCCACUGAGAAUACUGGCCUUAUAUUAAGGAUGAUAAUAAAAUUAUAGGUUUUAUUUGUCAUUUUUAACUACCUCUCAUUUUUUAAUUUAUUAAACAUAUUUUUUUAAAAAGAAAAGUUUGGAGUUUUCUUUUUAAAUUCAUUUUACUUGAAAGGUUGGCAUCAUGUUUCUUUUUCCAUAAAUUUAAAACAUUUCAAGAAUUGUUUUUUUUUAAUGAGUAUGAUUUUCUAACUUAUAUAGAAUUCAGGAGCUAUGAUUAAAAGGGCUAUUACCUAUUCCCUAUGCAAAUAUUUUAACUGUUGCAGUGUUUGACAAAAUGGGAUUUUAAAAAAAAUUGCAGAGUAGAAAACAAAUGUUCUGUUUACACUGGCGUCGCUGACUAUCCUACCAUGUUCAGCACUUUUAAAUACAUUAUUUAUGAAAACAUAGUUAAAAUGCAGAUAGAAAAUAUUUAUAAUAGUCAUCUUUUAAUAAAUGCCUGUUUGUUUCUGAAAGUAUUAGUGUAUUUAAGAUGUGCUCUAUUCAUGUCACCUAGAUAUUUACUAUUUGAAUAGUUUCAGUAAAAUGUUGAGAAAAAGAUAGUUGUAAAGAUGUUUACAAAAAAUCCUAUUUUUUUCCUAAAGAGUCAAGAAAACUUAAAAAGAGUGUCAUUGCUUCCAUUUUGAAGUCCCAUCAUUCAAAAUCAUUUACUUAUUUUCUUGAUUAGUGUUUAUUAUGCUACUAUUAUGUGUACCCCCAUAUAGAAUAUGGCAUCAUACGUGUUUCCGUGUUUGAGGCACAAUGAAUUGGUGCACAUACCAGGAGAUAUGUAAUAUACUAUGAUAGCCUGCAUGAGAAAUUGUUUUCAGUGUAGACUUUAUAUUCCUGUUGUUACUGUGGAUGCUGGUGACCUACUAUCAUGGGUUAUCUUUACAAGAUGCUCUGGACUAUUUGGUGGGUUGUCUGUUUGACAAUGCAUCUAAUAUUUUACCAAAUGUAAAUGUUAAGGGCCUUCAUAUAGAGUACUCAUCUUUAACCUGGGCAUUUGUUGUGUUUGCAUUUCACAGUUGCUGUGUCUUUUGGAACCCGGGUUAAGUAGUUUUGUUGAGAAGGUUCUAGAGCACAUUUGCACACUCCGUGUCAUUAGCCAUGCUGUGUGAGAAGUUCUGUGCUGUGCUAAAUUGCUAUUUCGGGGCGGGGGUGGGGGGGGAGCAGGGAUCCUUAUUUCAUUUCAGAAUGUUUUAAGUUUUGAAGAGUGUGUCUGUGGACUUAUGACUAUGCCAGUUUUUAAAGUAUGGUAUGAUUUCUUCUAUUUAAAUCUCAGAGCUAUAAUAAACAAACAAAACCCUCAACAGGUGUCUCUGCCACCAUUUCAAGAGCACAACAUUUGCUUUAUCCAAGUCUGAUUUCAUUCCUAGUGAGUAAAUAGCUCCCUGGGGAAAUGCUAGCACUUUAAAACAAAGCACCUUUGUGUUUUAGAUUGCCAAGAUGACUGUGUCUCUUGUUAGAAUCUGCAAAUGCAUACAGAAGAGUGAAUGCACUUUCUAUAGUACCUGUCUCUAGGUGAAUCUAUUAUGGAAAGAAAAGUAAGCGGUGAAGAUGAUGUAUAUAGAGGUGCCUUGGAGAUACAGGUCUUUGGAGAUAGAUCUUCCACAUAGAUAUGCUAAUACUGGAUGGAUGUCUCUUCUCUUUCUGGCUUACUAUGAUGUUAUCCAAGGUUAUCAUAGAUGCUCUGAAAGUAUGACAAGGCACAUAUGAAUAGAAGCAAAACUGGAAUUUUGAUACUGAAAAUAUGAAAUACAAAAGUCAAAAUUUUAGUAUGGUCUUCAAAAAAGUUCGUACAAUAUUUAUAUAUGACCAGUUCUAGCAGUGAGUCACUGUGCCUGGAAUGUGUAUUAGUGCCCUCCAAUGCCUCCUAGUGUGAAGUACGUGCUGUAUUUAUUUGAUAGUUCAGUGUCAAAGGACUGUAGAGUUAGGUAAAGGCUUAUUUGCUGAAAACAAAUACAUGUCUCUCCCUAUUGUUCUGAUUUAAAAUAAUGCUUGAAUCUUAAUUUAAGUCUCUUCUUUUUUCUCUCUAAUUCUUUGAUCUUCUCCGAAAAAGUCACAUUGUAAUUGUAGAAACUACACUCGAAACAAAUUAAAAAAAAAAUGGUGCUUUGGUGAAGAUUUUUAAAUGGAAAGAAUUUAAAAUAAACCAUAGGAAAAUAAGUUUUUUUUUUAAAAAAAAACCACCAAUUUGUUUUUAAACACCUAGAAGACAUACCUAGAACCCACCAUGACAUGAAUUUUGAAUACUUUAAGCUUAUAUAUUAGCAUAUUAUUUUGAAAUAGGAAAGAAUGCCAAAAGAUUGGCUUGCCUCUCUAUUUAGAUUGCCAGUCAAUGACCGAUCUCAAAAGUACAUUUUUUCAUCUAUUUGAAUAUUCUUUUCUGGUUUUAAAUUUCUGGUCAAUAUACAAUGCCAUCCUUAGAAAGGAGUAUACCACGUGUAAUAAUUUUAGGAAUUUUUUACUUGCCACAACUGCAAACAUUUACCACUAAAACAUCCCAAACCUUACUUUAGAGUGUAUCUGGGAGAUUAUAGUAUCAGUGCAACAACACACAGUGCAUGGAGAAGCAUUGGCUUCCAACAGCAAACUUGGAUUUCUGUGUACAUUCAAAAAAGAUUACUCUUACAGAUAUGGUCCUAAACUGUCAUAAGUGACAUGUUUUCCCAUCAGUGUAAGUGAGCAUUCCAGACCAUCAUUCUCAUGAAAACACUGAGGAAACGGGGUGUUGCCUUAGUCGGGUAAAUGGGGCUAGGGACUCAUUCAGUUCUUGUGGCAAAAGCUCCAAGUUGGGGAAAGCAGUUACCGAAAACACUGAUAAUAAUAACCAAAGGUAAUAUCUUAAUGUUAUAUGUAUAAUCUGAAAUUCAAUUUCCCUUAUAUCUUGUGCUAAAUGUUUCCUGUUGCAAAUUUUUCUGUGGAUUUACACCUUUUUACAGCAUUUCUGCUUUUUAAAUAGUUAGAGCUGCAUGUUUUAAAUCGAUAAUUAAACAAACCACCUCAGGUUUGGGCACAUUUCCUUUGAAAUGCCUGAGUUGAUCUCAAGUGGCGUUAUGACCAGAGAUGGUAGGAAAGCCAUUAUCCUUUCUGAAUCUGUCUCUUCACCUGAAAAUGAAGAAUAUUAACUAUGGGGUGGCCCUGGGAACAAUUUGUGGUAAUUUAUCACAGUUCUUCAGGCCACAAUUUUUAGGAAGGGCUGUAGUCAAUGUCAUUUUAAUGUGCUUUCCCCCAAAUUUUUCCUUUAGCUUUUUAGGUUACCAUACAAAAAAGGGUUUCAUUAUGACAUUUUCAUACACAUGUUAUGUCAUAUCUUGUUCUCAUUUAUUACCCACAAACUUUUCUUGUGCUCUUUACUUCAUUUGCUUAUUAUUUGAAACAUACUUGAAACACACACACACACACACACACACACACACACUAAAGAUGGAGACAUAGGAAAUAAAAUCAAGAUUCCCAGUGACAGGAAUAAUAUAAAGUCAAGUUAGUUACCAAUAUACAAAGUAUGUGAGUGGGCGAUAGAGAGAAAUGUAACUUCAUACAGCACCAUUACAAAAACAUCUUUUUAAUAUUAGUGUGAUUUGGUCAAUUCUAUCAUGAAUCUGUGAUGAUAGUGGCUAUGUGUUCACUAAAAGUUGCAUUGAAUUUUAGAAUAUUUUCAGUGUUAUAAAAAAAACCACAAAAAUAGUACAGAAUGACCUCGUGUGGUCUGCACCUCCGGGAAGCCAUUAGUCGCGAUUAAAGAGUAAUGUUGUUGACUCCUUGAGUCUGUAUUCCACUCCAAUAUCCAGAGGCUUCAGUUAAUAUCUUCUCUCUGCCCCUCCCUCCUGUAAUCACAUGACCAUUUGUUGUCACCUCUCCUCAGGCUCCUUUCAGCUGUGACUUUCUAGAACCUUGACAGUUUGUGCAGAACAUAGCUCCGCUGGGGUUUGUCUAGUUUUCUCAUGCUGGUAGGAGUUUUGGGUUUCUGUUAGGAAUAGUUUUAUUCUUUUCUUGUUAUUGUACAGAUUUAUUCCCAUUUAAUGUGUAUGAGUCCUUUGUCUGUGUGUAUGUCUGUGACCAUGUGUGGGCCUCAGAGGCCAAAACAGUCCCCGGGAAUUGGAGCUAAAAAUGUUUUUGAGGCCCCAUGUGAGUCCUGGGAACUGGAUUAGGGUCCUCUGCAAGAACAGCAAGUGCUCUUAACUGUUGAGCCACCUGUCCAGCCCUGAAUAGUGCCAAGUUUAUUACAUGACACCAAAGGCACAUGCCAGCAGGCUGAGUGCUCUUGCUUUGGGCUCCUCUUGUUGCUGUUCACCUAUCACCUGGUUAAAGCAUCCUGUUAAACUGCAACUCUCUGCUAUCAAAUAGGCACAUGCAGGGAGGGUGUCUUAGAGGUAAACAGACUCUGCAUUUACUGGACAAGAAAAGCAAGCAAACAAACAAACAAAAUAAAUAAAUAAAAACAACUCUGGCAGACGUCUUAGCACUAACACUAGGUUUCAUUUAAGAAUCUAACAAAUACUGUAAAGAAAAUGCAAUGAAUUAGGAAGUGAGAUGGGUCAAAUUCCAAACCAGUGUUAGCUUGAAUAUUCACUUAGUAAAAGCGGUACUGAUUCCCCUGUCCCUGACACACCCUGUAUGCUUACCUAGAUCCUGCAAACAUGUUGGAUUUAAAGAUUUUAGUCUCGUUAAUUGUAGCAAGAGGUUAUUUAUUACUCGUGUUUAAUGCUUUCCUAUAUACCAUCCACUGAGCAAUGUAUACAACGCUGAAGUGGUGUGGAGGACUUGAUGUUGUCCCUCUAGCUUUAACCUGUUUGUCACAGUGUUUCUUGUGUAUGAUUUUAAAGAGUUUGCAAAAUACUAAAACGUAUUUUAAUGAAUUUGAUUCUGUGAAAUUUGUCAUUUUGAAUGUGUACAAUUUCUUACUUCCAUGAUCAUUCUAUUUAGUAAUCUAUUUCCAUAUUUUGUAUUCCACCAAUACAUUUAUUAGUGGACCACAAAGUUUCUGAGUACAUGAAUACAAGAGUAACCAUGCUUGGCUAUUUCAUAAUACCAAAAUAGCUGUGGGUACUCAUAACUGAAUAGAUAAUCCAGAUUCUUUUUCUUGCAGUUUAAGUUUUUCUGGGUUUUAUUCCAUUGAAUAGAUUUUAUCAUUUACCUAUGUACAAUAAUAGACUUCCUGAAAGUGCUACAAUUUUUACCAUGUAAUAGAGUUGAGCAUGACAAUAAUGUAAGAAAACUCAGACGUCUCCCGCUAAGUGUAUCUGAGUUUUCAAAGUAAAUCAAAUAACAAGUGUUUUCAUUUAACUAUAUCGUGGAGGUUUAUGAAUAUUAUUGUGAAAUGCAUAUGCAUUACACUGAUUUUCUUAAGAUGUUUUGAAUUAAUAAAGAAUUCUCCCAUGUAUCCUUA